AUGGCGGCCUUGAAUGUCGCCUGGCGACGCUCUGUCAUUGCAGUUGCUGUGCUCUUGGGCUUCUUCGGAUUCACCCUGUUCUUCUUUCCAGCUACCGUCCCGGAGGAUCUACACGGCAGAAUACCCUUCUCCGGCGACAAAUCACCUGUAGAGCCUGCUCAUGCAGAAACUUCUGCCGAUGAUCUAUCGUUUAUCAAUAUCGUACGCGCCCUGUGGAAACCUCUUGCUGUCGACAUAACACAAAAGUCAUUUACCGAUCGAGAAGGCAAUGUACACACUAUGGGAAAGGCACCCUAUUACACGAAGAAGUUGGGCAAGAAGUUGGUGAUUCUCGAUGUGGACACACGUCCACUGGACAAGGAGGGUGAGGUCAACGCGCCCGAAGCACCAACCUGGGAAAACCUUCACCACCUUUCUGCUGGAAUUAUGUCGCAUUACCUAUAUGCUAAGAUUCACGGUUACGAUUACAAGUUUAUCCGAUCCCCUGAAUAUGAUUACCAGCAGGGUGGCUGGACCAAGGUGUUGAUGUCGCACGAGCUCAUGAAGUCAUAUGACUGGGUCGUCACCGUUGACUCGGAUGCCGAAUUUACCAGCCCAGAACUUCCUCUAGAAUGGAUGAUGAACUAUUGGAACUUUACGUCCAAGACUGCCAUUGCCAUGGCGAAUGAUCCUGCCGGCGAGCCCAAUUUCGAUUCGAAACAUAAUGUCGUUUUGAAUACUGGUUUCUUCUUCUCUCAAGCCAAAGCACCAAAGGUUGAAGAGAUCUACAAGAAAUGGGGCGAUUGCACGACUGGCAAAGAAUACGAAGAAUGUACUAAAUGGACAUACGAAUCCUUCCGUGAACAAACUGCGUUCAGCGAGCACAUCCGUUACGAUUUCCCUGAAGAGGGCGUGAUCGUGGCGCUCCCAUGCGCACAAGCGAACGGCUUCCCAGAGGCCGCUGGUUCGGGCUGCACAGGUCAAUUUCUGAAGCACUUUUGGACAGAAAAGAAUCUCUCAAAGCGACAGCUUGCUGACGGCAUCAUGCAAGCGGUCGUGCCCCAACUGUAUUCCAGUUUCAAGGAUUCAGUCGUUGACUGGCAUAUGAAAUCUGUGAAGGGGAACGAGAUCUGGUGA